AUGUCUGGCCUCCCCGCCGUCUACAUCGCCUCUGUGGCUCGCACGCCCGUCGGCUCCUUCCUGGGAUCCCUCUCCAGCCUCAACGCCAUCCAGCUCGGAUCUCACGCAAUCAAGGCUGCCGUUGAGCGUGUUCCCCAGAUCAAGCCCGAAGAUGUCGAGGAAGUCUUCUAUGGAAACGUCCUUUCAGCCAACUUGGGACAAGCUCCCGCCCGCCAGUGCGCCAUUGGUGCCGGCCUCUCUGACGGUGUCGUCGCCACCACCGUGAACAAGGUCUGCGCCUCUGGUCUCAAGGCCACCAUUCUCGGUGCCCAGACCAUCAUGACUGGCAACGCCUCCAUCGUCGUCGUCGGCGGUACCGAGUCCAUGUCCAACACCCCCCACUACCUCCCCACCUCGCGCUCCGGCACCAAGUUUGGCGACCAGACCCUCGUCGACGGCAUGCUCAAGGACGGCCUGACCGACGCCUACGCCAAGGAGCACAUGGGUCUCGCUGCCGAGCUCUGCGCCACCGAGCACAACCUCUCGCGUGAGGCUCAGGACGAGUACGCCAUCGAGACGUACACUCGCGCCCAGAAGGCCACCAACGACGGCAUCUUCGCCAAGGAGAUUGCCCCCGUCGAGGUCAGCGGUGGCCGCGGCAAGCCCGCCAUCCAGGUCACCCAGGAUGAGGAGGCCAAGAACCUCAACGCCGAAAAGCUCAAGACCGUCCGUCCCGUCUUCAAGCCCAAGGACGGCUCCGUCACUGCUGCCAACGCUGCCCCUCUCAACGAUGGCGCGGCUGCUCUUGUACUCAUGUCCGAGGCCAAGGUCAAGGAGCUCGGUGUGACCCCCAUUGCCAAGAUCCUCGGCUGGGGUGACGCUGCGCGCGACCCAAGCCGCUUCACCAUUGCUCCUGCGCUCGCCAUUCCCAAGGCUAUCAAGCAUGCGGGCCUGACCGAGAAGGAUGUCGACUACUACGAGAUCAACGAGGCCUUCUCCGUCGUUGCCCUCGCCAACAUGCAGCUUCUUGGCCUCACCAGCGAGAACGUCAACGUCUUUGGCGGCUCCGUCGCCAUUGGCCACCCUCUCGGUGCCUCUGGCGCCCGCAUCCUUACCACUUUGACCACCGUCCUCCGGGAGAAAAAGGGCAAGAUCGGCGUUGCUGGCAUUUGCAACGGCGGUGGUGGUGCCAGUGCUCUCGUCAUCGAGAACCUGCAAUAG